AUGGCCGAAGAGUUCCUCUUGAGCACCGAGAAGAGCAUCGACUUGGCCUUCAAGCCCGUGACCGUCCUGCCGGGCGACGACGUCACCAAGCAUAUUGCCAACCUCUCGCAGAAGCUGCGCCUCGGCGCCGGCCUCAUCGCCAACGGCAACGCUAUCACGAGUACGAACGCCGGAGUGCUGCGCUACCGCCCGCCCAACCGCUACUGGCUUGACUACAACCACAAGCGCUAUGUACCCGCUGUCGAUGAUGGUGUUGUGGGCCUAGUCGUCGACCGCAACGCCGAGUUCUACCGCUUGGACAUUGGCGCCUCGUCGUAUGCAACGCUGGGAAUGCUUGCAUUCGACGGUGCCAGCAAGCGCAACCGCCCUAACUUGCAGCCGGGCGCGCUCGUCUACUGCCGCGUCCUCAGCACGAACCAAGAUCUGGAGCCGGCGCUGACGUGCGAAGCGCCAUCCCACAUGACGAAGAAGGACUGGAUGACAGGCUUGGCUCUGUACGGCGAACUCAACGGCGGCUACGUCUUUAAGGCUUCGAUCGGGCUCGCAAAGAGCUUGCUGAAGGACGACUGUGCCGUUUUGAGCGCUCUGGGCAAGGCGAUGCCGUUCGAAGUUGCCGCCGGCUUCAACGGCCUUGUGUGGGUCAACUCGUCGUCGUGCCAUGACACAAUUUUGAUUACGAAUGCGAUCCUGAACUCGGAAGGUCUCCCGGAUGCCCAGGUCGAAGCCAUGGUGGACACGCUCAUUAGCGACCAGGGGCUGGCGGUGCGGCCGUCCAGGUUGCCCAACGCUGGUGAUGGGCUCUUCGCAACCAAGCCGUUCACCACGGGGGACGCUGUCUGUGUGUACACAGGCGACAUGCUUACGACAAGCGAGGCACUUCAUGUGGUGAACAAGGCCUACCUCAUGCGCCUGGGGCAGGGUGUCUAUGUUGACGCCCGCUCCCGACCCAACGUCGCCGCGCGCUACAUCAACUCAGCCGCAAAGGACCCUGCGCUCUGCCAGGCCAUUGUGCGGGCCACGCGACCCAUCGCUGUUGACGACGAGAUUUACGUCGACUAUGGCACGUGGUACUGGCUUGCCCACAACAUGGCACACAAGGCUAGUCCGAUCAAAUAG